GUUUACUAGGGCAUGCCAGGAUCCUGAUGGUGGCCAUGUUGCAGAGAGCAAAUGCACUCACUCCUAGUAUGGCGAUUUGGCCUUCAUACCCGGUACGACCAUACCCCUCGGGCGACGACAUACGCCGGGUGGCUGCGAGGGCGGGCUUUGUUACACGAAGAUCCCAUGCGUCGCGCUUCUUGGCCGCUUCUAUCAAAAAGUGACAUCUGACAUGGACGACGAUUCAAACAGCCCGAGCCCAGAUCCGACUUAGUUAGCGAUCGGCGGGAAUGACUGCCAGAAUUGCGCCGCCGCACCAUAAUAUGUCCCGCUGUUAUCAUAGCAGCACUUGUGUAAGUAGUUGCCUUGCGCUUCCCGUUCUCGCGGCCCUGCUCGAUGACGUGUGGCAGAUGGAGGGAGUUCGCGACGAACAUGGCAUGCCUCUUUCUAGGAACCCAGAGGGUGGACGGGGCCUUGGAUGGGUUCAACAACCGAGUAGUGCCGUGCUAGGACAUUUGCCCGCGUUACAAAGGGUUGCUUGCACCCAAUGGCUGUUCAAGAUUGGUUCCGAUCUCAUGCUGCACAAGCUCUUGGCCUCGAAACUUGGGCCUGAUGGACAACAUCAGAGCUAGCCCCUACAACGUAAUCUCUGGUUCUUCUUCU